GUUCAUCCCAUUUUGUCCUCAAAACUGCAUGUAAAAAGACAUAUACACCCCUGCACAUCCACUUAAUUACAUAAACCCACCAAUUAAUGUUAUCCUCACCAAAUCGUGCCCUAACCUAACUAAAUCGAACUUGCAGAGGGAGAAGUGGAGUUCUUCGUCAUUCCGCCGCCAAGCUGCUAUUACCGCUUGUGCCCGGAGGGUAGAGUACACGGUCAACAACGAUCUAUACUUGAUUCUACUCUUCUCCCGCCUACGCGACCAAGAAGCAGGAUCUCCGGUUUGCUACACCUUGUAUAAAACCUGUGUAACCAGUAACUCCUACCCCAUAUUUAGUAAAGGGCCACAACAGACGGGCGGCUGGUGAAGGGAGCUGCUCUAAACCCUAAUCUCUCAAGCUUUUGCGACGGACGACGGUGAACGGCGCAUCUUUUAUCCGGCGACGGCGGCGAGGAAGCGAGAACUUCGAGACCGGUGUGCGGCAUUGCGAGGAAGCGAAACAUUCGAGCGGCGAGCAGCAAGGCAGCGGCACAAAGAGCUGCGAGACCGUUGCUUUUGGUGGCACUACUGUAGCGAAAUUGAUAAUUUAGAAAAGGAAGAGACACACCACAAUCAUGUAUGGUGGAGAUGAAGUAUCAGCUGUAGUAGUGGACUUGGGCUCACAUACAUGCAAAGCUGGAUAUGCCGGUGAAGAUGCACCUAAAGCUGUCUUUCCAUCCCUGAUACUUGAUUUUCGCCAAGACUACCUAUCUUCAUGUGAUCUUGUGAACCUUGGGGAGAAUAAGAGUAAUAGAAAUGCAGCUUCAAAUUUUCCUCCUUUCUUGAAUUUAGAGCUGGUUUUCUCAAAUAAUUUAACCAAAAAACAGGUUGUUGGAUCAGUCGAUGAAAUGGAAGUUGAUGAUGCUGAUAAUUCAGACAAGAACUCCGGAUCUGCCCCAGAUUCUAAAUCCAAGAAUAAGCGCAAGUUGUAUGUAGGAUCACAAGACUUGUGGUUUCGCAGGGAUAAUAUGGAAGUGUUAUCACCUAUAAAGGAUGGAAUAGUUGCCGACUGGGAUAUGGUUGAAAAUAUAUGGGACCAUGCUCUACGGAAAUGUCUUUUGAUUGAUCCAAAGGACCACCCGAUGCUCCUUGCUGAGCCAUGUUCUAAUACUCAACUGCAGAGAGAAAAGACUGCGGAGAUAAUGUUUGAAAAGUAUCAAGUUCCUGCAUUAUUUCUUGCCAAAAAUGCUGUCCUUACAUCUUUUGCAUCAGGACGUGCGACCUCGUUAGUUGUUGACUGUGGAGGAGGAUCAACUACAGUGGUUCCAGUACACGAUGGAUAUGUUCUUCAAAAGGCUGUUGCAUCAUCUCCUAUUGGAGGAGAAUUUCUCUCUGAUUGCUUGUUGAAAAGCCUGGAAAACAAAGGAAUUUCUAUAAAACCUCGCUAUGCGUUUAAACGGAAGGAAGUUCGUCCUGGGGAGUUCCAGAUUAUGGACCUGGACUUUCCUAACACGACAGAGAGUUACAAACUCUAUUCGCAGCGGGUGAUUGUUGGUGAUAUUAAAGAAUGUGUUUGUCGAGCACCAGACACCCCAUAUGAUGAUGUGUCUUAUUCAAACAUCCCAAUGACCUCUUAUGAGCUUCCUGAUGGACAUUGUGGGACCAGUGAAGAACUUUAUGAAGUUUCUCAUAGUGUAGACAUCUUCGAGACUAUACCUGGUAUGGAAAGUUUUGCAGAGAUUGCUUCAUCUGCUCGUGGUCUGCCACAAAUGGUCGUUGAGAGCAUAAACAAGUGUGAUGUUGACAUCCGAAGAGAACUCUAUAGCAGUAUACUGCUUUCAGGUGGGACAGCAUCAAUGCAACAAUUGAAAGAACGUCUUGAGAAAGAUUUACUGGAGGAAUCUCCUCAAGCAGCAAGGGUCAAAGUGUUGGCGAGUGGAAAUGCUACAGAAAGAAGAUUCAGUGUUUGGAUCGGUGGGAGUAUAUUGGCAUCGCUCGGCUCCUUUCAGCAAAUGUGGUUCUCAAAGUCUGAGUAUGAAGAGCAUGGGGCAUCUUACAUUCAGCGUAAAUGCCCGUAGGCAAACUCAUUUAUUGGCAUAGCUCUCAAGGGACACAAGCUGGUGGCUUCAAUUGUGACUGUGUGUUAAGGUUAUUUUGGAUUAUUUGACUUGCUUUAGUUAGCCCCUUUUCAUUUAUGUGUGUCAAGAAAGAUAGUGAACUGCAAAUUCCCCCAUUUGUUUUUUAGUGGUAUUACUGGAAAUAUUCGUGCACUGUGAAGUACAAACUCAAGUCAGUCAUUCGAUUAGUAUCUAUGAUCCAUCUUUAAAAUCCUGACUUUGUUUGGGAAAAAUGAAGCUUGUAACCUAGGAAGUUCGAUACAUUAUUUAACUCAAAUGGACAUUUUAUGCUUUACAAAACUGUUAUUUUUUGGGAGGGUACCAGCUUGGGUAAUGAGAAAAAAGUGAUUAGAAGUAAAGUACUGCUUGCUAAGGGUGUUUAUGGAUCG